CGGAAGCAGCUCUUCUGGCCCGAAGAACCGUUACCUGGCGUGUGUUUCAGUAUUUCUCGUUCAAACUCUCUCGUGGAUGCCCUCAGCGCCGCGUCCUCCACACCCGGAGUCCCGGGCCCCUCGACCGCUACCGUCCCCGCCCGCGGGGAGCCCCGCCUAGUCGGGGGGAGCUCAGCUGCCGGGGCCGGACCUGAAUCUGUUCCGGUAAAAUCGCUGCGCGGCUGGUCCUCGCCCGACCGUUCUGCCCCGGUUCUUCUCACCGUCUCCGCUCCCCACCCCGCGCCUUGUCAGGUCCCUCUCGGGAAUCUGGCCUCCCGGGAAGAAGGCCAGACUCAGGGACCAUGCCCUGCCCACUAGCCCUGCAAAGCUCCACCUGCUCUGAACAAUAAGACUAGAGCGCUUUCUCAGCCCCGUGGCGCUGCGCUUUCUGCCACUGCCCCACCCUACAGCCUAGAGAUCUGAUUGAAAGUACUCUCCUCCCUGCUGGGUGACUCACAGAGGAAAAUAAGAAGAAACAGUGCCCAGAAUCCAGCUAUCACGCCACCCACCCACCCACAGACAUUUAAAUAACCUUCUAGAUCCUCAGUCCCCUCAACUCACCCUAGAAGGUUCCAGUUCCUCAUCAGAGUGCAUGCAUACAACGGGCAGAGAGCAAAGCUCGAGAACCACCCUGGCACUACUUGUCUCUGUGAUGCUGAAGACAUUCUCCUUCCUGUGUGUUACAGAGAAGAUUCACAUUUCCAGAGUUUGGAAGAUGCUAGUUGAACAUUCUGCACUAUGGAGAUGUGUACCUGACACCUUACAAGGGAUAUUGCAGCUAAUGAAGAUUAAUGCAGAACAUGAUUUCAAGGAUUUCAGCUACCCCUUUACUAAGAUGAUCAGCUGGAGUUAGCCCAGCCAUCCUCGACACAGAGGGCUCAAGACAGUCCACGACCGGAACACUAUGGCUUGUGUACCUCUGCUCCCUUCUGGAGCAGCGGAUGUUAAGGACGAGACCGGAAGGGUGGGUGCCACGGUUCCUCCAAGUGGAAUAAGUCCUUAAGUUAACUCCCUCAUAAAACAGACUUUUAGUUGAUUGACUUCCAGGUCCGUGGGGGUCAGAUCCAACAGAGUUAAGGGAGCACUGCCAUGAAUGCUGGGGAACCCCUGUCAGAAUAAUGAAAUCUGAGAAUUCCCAGUGUUUACCUGCAGGUGGGAACCAAAAUCUACGUGCAGCGUGGGUCAGGGGUCACUGGUUUGGAGUCAGGGAGAGAACUGAAUAACUCUGGGUACCACAGGCUAAUUAACAUAUGAAGCUCAAUACUUUCCAUGUUCUUGUCUGUAAGUUAUUUGUAUUUCUACUUUUUAAAUCAACAACCACAGUUAAAGUCUUCUUACUUUUGACCCUGGGAGAGGAGUAGAGGCCUCUGUGUGUUUCCAGUAGGGUGUGCACUGCAUGUUUGUUGGUUAGACUGGGCGUCACAUCCUGGUGAAGGUUUGGGGCUUCAUGAAGGUGUGCACAGGACUGGAGUCUCACGGCUUCUUCUCCAUCCGCAGCUCUGCCUGCUUAGUGCUUGGACUGUCUGUGAGUGAAAACCCAGAGAAAGACUGCUCGCAGCUGAGUUACUGACAAUGCAGCCAUUGGAAUCAGUGACAUUUGAAGAUGUAGCAAUCAGCUUCACCCAGGAAGAGUGGGCCCUGCUGGACACAUCCCAGAGAAAGCUGUUCAGAGAUGUGAUGCUGGAGAACAUCAGUCAUCUGGUCUCCGUGGGGUAUCAGCAUUGCAAAUCAGAUGUGAUUUUCCAGCUGGACCAAGGUGAAGAGCUGUGGAUUGAAGGAAGAGGAUUUUUCCAAAGCCACAGUCCAGGCAGGGAAAGUGCCCUUAAAGAAAUGUUAGCCACACAGCAUAUCAGCAGGAAAGACACAUCUACAAUCAUCCCACUGCAAGUAUCUCACACUCCAGAGGAUCCCUUCGAAUGUAAUGUUUUGGGAGAAGAUUUCACUCAUAGCUCCACACUGAGUCAACAUUUGUUAACUCACACGGAAAAGACACCCUGUAUCAACAAACAGUGUAAAAAAUCCCUUAGUGACCAAUCAUACCUUAAUCAACAUAAGCAGAUCCACACUAGAGGUAAAUCGUGUGAGUGCCAUCUGUGCGGGAAAGCCUUCAGUAAUUGCUCUAGCCUUAGAAGACACGAGAUGACUCACACUGGAGAGAAACCGUAUGAAUGCCACAUCUGUGGGAAUGCCUUUAUUCAAAGCUCUGACCUUAGAAAACACAAUCUAACUCACACCGGAGAGAAACCAUAUGAAUGUCAUCUCUGUGGGAAAGCCUUUAGUCAGUCCUCUAACCUCAGACAGCAUGAGAGAACACACACUGGAGAGCAGCCGUAUGAAUGUCAACUCUGUGGGAAAGCAUUCAGUAAAUGUUCUGCUCUUAGACGACACGAGAGAACUCACACUGGAGAGAAACCGUAUGAGUGUCAUCUUUGUGGCAAAUCCUUCAGCCAGUGUUCUGCCCUUAGACGACAUGAGGGAACCCACAAUGGAGAGAAAAUUAUGAAUGCCUUCAGUAAGUAUUCUGACCUCAGAUGACAUGGUAUUAUAAAUGUAACAAACGUGGACAAGACUUCAACCGUAGCUUUAACAUUUAAACACACCAGAGGACUCACAUCGAAGAAAACGCUGUAAUCAAUGGGGAAGAUCCUUCGGUUAUCCUUAUUCAACUUGACAUAUGCAAAUUUAUAUGGAAGAGAGUCCAUAUGUGUGAUAUUUAUGUGGCAAAACCUUCAGUCAGUGGUCUGACCAUAGAUGACAUGAGAGAACUCAUACUGUCAAUAAUAACAACAGCUCUAAACUUUAAACACACUAGGGGACUUGCAUCAGGGAGGAUCCAGGUCUGCCAUCAAUGUGCAAAUGCUUUCAUUUAUAAUUCAUGGUUAAACAACAUGGGCAAACUCCAUUUGGGAGAGCCCCUAGGUCUAAUCACUGUGAACAAACGUUCAGCCAAGCACAGUCUUGAUGUGCACGAGAAAACUCAGUGAAGGAAUAAAUACCCACUACAACAGGAAGUAAGAGGAUGAAGGCUCUUAAGGAAUACCAAGUCAUGCAUCCAGGAGAAGUGAUUCAGUGUAAAAUCAUGAGAAAUCCUUUAUUCAUAGAGCCACACUUGUGGUACCUGUGUGGAUUCAGACUGUACAAAACACGCUCAGUGUCAUGAAAUAAGGAUGACACUCAGUGAUCUCUCAUUUCAUAAUCAACGUUAAGGUUCUCACACUGAGGAGACAGCAGUCCUAAAAUCAGUGUGGCGAAAACUUCAUCUAGACUUCACAUUCAGAAAAGCUAAGUUGAGGGGGUGAAAAACCCUUUAAAAGAGCCUUUAACAUACAAUUCAGCAAAUAAUUCAGAACUUUGAGAGAACUAUUUAUGGGGAAAAACCUGACAUAUAAAUGCAAACAGUAAGGUGAUCUGGGAAUACUGAAUGCAGAAUUUUGUAAGAAAUUAAACUUUUUCCAACAGAUUAUUUGUAAAUAUUUAAACAAUAAAGUUGGUUGC